CGCUGACGUCACUAUGCAUAUAAAUACUUUUGUAUGACGCAUAGGGCUGGCUGAAUCCCGGCGGCCAUUUUGUUGUAAAAUUGGAAAGCGUUUAGAGGAAGAAAAGAAAGAAGGGCCUGCUGAGCUUGUGAGGUGGACGAAAAAGUCAAAUAAUGUUUAAAUGGACUGAUUUGUUGAUCUAACUUCCUGCUUUAUAAGUAAAAUUUGAAAGUUGUCGGAGCAAAAUACUACGAAGGAUGUCGGACGACGCGGCGAGAGAAGAUGCGUGUCAAGAGUACCAAUCGUCUCUGGAAGACUUGACUUUCAACAGCAAACCACACAUCAAUAUGCUGACCAUUCUGGCGGAGGAGAACCUGAAUUUCGCCAAGGAUAUCGUCGCAAUUAUUGAAGCACAAAUCGCCAAGGCACCUGCCACAGAGAAGCUUCCAGUUUUAUACUUAGUGGACUCCAUUGUGAAGAAUGUUGGGAGAGACUAUCUUGAGGCGUUCACAAAAAACCUAGUUACUACGUUUAUUUGCGUUUUUGAGAAGGUGGAGGAGAACACUAGAAAAAGUUUAUUCAAAUUGCGCUCCACUUGGGAUGAUAUUUUCUCUUUGAAGAAACUUUAUGCAUUAGAUGUCAGAGUGAACACCAUAGAUCCUGCUUGGCCCAUCAAACCUUUACCCCCAAAUGUGAAUACGUCAAGUAUUCAUGUGAAUCCAAAAUUUUUAAACAAACCGACAGAGGAAAUAGCCACCCCAAGAACAAGUGCACCACAAAUUCCAGCAACAACAGUUGCAUCUGAAUCUCCGAAGGAUGCGUCUCAGGAGCAAAUAAUAAGGCAACAGCUGCUAGCAAAGCAAAAGCAGUUGAUUGAGCUUCAGCAGAAGAAAUUAGAACUAGAGCUUGAACAAACUAAGGCUCAACUGGCUGCUACUCAGUAUGGAUCUACCACCAAGUCCCACGUUAUUGCUACAAGCCCAGCUACAACUGUAUGCAAAUCAACACCACAGGCAACAGUGCAACCUGAAAAUACAUGGCCUGUUCGACAGCACCAAGAUGCAAAAAUAUAUACAAGAGAUCCUCGGCUAAAUAGAUCAGGUCAACAGCUGGGACAGGUGAAGGAUUCGGUAGUGAAAAAGGAAAGUCACAGUCAGGGGACUACGUUGCAUCAGCCUGACAAGACAAAUGUGAUGACUGAAAAAACAAGCAAACAGGAAAAAUCUAAGUCAGUAAAAAAAGACACUGCUGUUUCAGAAGAAAAGUCUAAGUCACCAUCCCCAUUAAUGAAAGCUUUUCAAAGCAAGGGUAAAACGGUUGACUUGGAAAAUGUGAAGUUACCGGAAAUAAAUAAGAGAGACCCAAGGUUAAGGAAACAUCUUCAUGAAAAGGCUACUGAUAAAGAAGAGGAAGUUAAAGAGAAGAAAAGGUGUUUAGACAAAGAGAGAGACGAUCCUAAAAGCUCUGAACACAGAUCUGCAAACACUAGAAAUAAACUUAACGGGAUUGCAACAAAACAUGAAAGGAAUGAAAAUGCAGAAAAACAAGAUUUAAAAUUGAGUAGUAGAUCCAAUGUAAAGAAAAGGUCCCGAUCACCACCAGUAUUGCAUUCCCCAAAGAGAAAAGAAAGGCGUUCACCCAAAAGAACAAGAAGAAGCAUUUCAUCCUCCCCUCCCCCUAAAAUUGGAAAAGCCAGGCAAACUGGGGUUAAACAUUCUCAUGUGGAGGAUUUCGGGCAGCAUACAAAUGUUAGGGAAGAAAGGAAUCCUGUUAAAAAGAAUAUUGUACAAGAUCCCAGAAGACCAAAAAGAGCACAAGAGGAAAGGGCUCUAGAAUCCAGGGAUCUGCAUCCUGCAAAGUUGCAUCCAGAGCCAAAAGGGAAUACAAAGCGAUGGAAGAGUGGAUGGGUGGAAAAUAAAAACUUGAAACAGACGGAAGAUCAUUUGGCACAUGGAAAACCAGGUCCGCUGAGACAUAGAGGAAGCUCAUGGCCUAAUAACCAAAGGAUUCCUGCCCUUCAUAUGCCAAAGCAGCACCGGUUAAGUGUAGAUGCCAAUCUGCAAAUUCCAGAAGAACUGAACUCUGCUAGCAAAAGAGACCUUCUCAAAAAGGCCAACAAAAGACUUUCUGAUGGAGAAAUUAGCCAGGAAGAGUUCCUUGUCGUUGCUCACCAAAUCAAGCAACUGUUUCAAUAUCAAGAGGAAAAACAGAGAUCAAUAUCUUGGGACAACACAACGGAAGAGAUGCAUUUUGUAGUGAAAAAGAAGCCACUGUUGUCUACACCACCUUUGCAACAGGGGGAUAUGUCAGAUGCUGAAAUAACUUAUUUUGAGCAUAAAGCCAAGUUGAGGAGAACACAGGUCCAGCAUCUUCAGGAUAAUGAAUUAUGGGACGCAACAGAGAGUCAGGAUGACAAUUACUCAAGUGAUGAAUUGCAUUAUGUAAAAGAAAGUGAACCAGGCAAAGGACAAUUUGGAGCAAGGACUGGUGAUCAGUUUAACAAAAGGGAACUGUUAAAUGAAGGACCAAGACGACGUUCUCCUGUAAUGGCCAGUAGACCUCCAGUAGAUAACAAAACAUUGUCACAAGACAAUAAAAAGCUUGACAAGCAUCCUCAUUUAGGAACAAAGAAUUCUGAAGUUUUUAUUAAAGGGGCAUCUAAUAAACGGGGAGAAGUUCACAGGCAAAAAGGAAGACCUGGGUAUGAAUUCAAGAAAAGAGACAGUGAUCCUCGGGGUAGUUCUGCUGAAAGGCAAAAGUUCAAAACCGAAGGUGGCAGAGAAGAACAUAUUUUACCGUAUAGUGAAAGGUUUCCCCAUAAGAGAUCAGCCCAUGAACCUCGUGAAAAAUCAAAAUAUGCAGAAGCCCCUGGAUCAAGAUUGGGAGGCCCUGCAGGAAAUAGAAGAUUUGGGGGAUCUGGUGAAGGAUCAAAGUAUGAUGGGCCUGCAAGACAGUCCAGUUCAAGGACUGAUGAACCAAACACAAAACAUGAAGGCUCUUCUAGCCAGCCUUGUCUACCCUUUGAUGGAUCAACAGAUCAUCCUGAAGGACCUGGGCAGUCAUCUGUUUCAGUGUUUGAUGCACCACCUAGUCCAAAAAUUGAAAGUCUUCAAAGCCAAAGAUUUGAUGGCACUACCGGUUAUGAUCAUUCCCUUCCAGUGUCUGAGGGUGAUGGUCCUAGAAGCCAGCAUGUUUCUUCCAGGCUUGAUGUCACUCCUCCAAGUCAAGGCAGAGUUGGCGCACAAGGUCCAAUAAGAUGUGACCCCAUAGGACAGACACCCCCACCAAUGACAGAAGCACUCCCAGGACAGCAGGCUCCACCAAGAUAUGAUGGACAGCCAGCUCCGCAGAGAUACGAUGGACCACCAGUUCAACAACCAUUGCUGAGAUUUGAUGAAGCACCAGGACAACGUGGUCAGCCGAGAUUUGAUGGGCCACAUAGACGUCAAGGACCAGAUAGAUUUGAUGGUUCGCCCGGGCCUCUAGUUCAUCCGGGAUUUAAUGGACCACCACAGGGGCAAUCGGGUCCAGGCAGAUUUGAUGGGCCUCCAGUACAACAAACUCAAAUUAGAUUUGAUGGGCCACCAGGGCAGCAAGGUCCAGGGAGGUUUGAUCCACAGGGACAGCAAGGUCCAGGGAGAUUCGAUGGGCAGCAGGGUCCUGUAAGAUUUGAUGGACCAACAGUGCAGCAAGGUCCUGGAAGAUUUAAUGGGCCAAUGGGUCCUCAAGGACCAAUGAGAUUUGAUGGCCCACCAGGUCAGCAAGGUCCUGGAAGAUUUGACGGACCAAUGGGUCAGCAAGGUUCAGGGAGGUUUGAUGGGCCGAUGGGUCCGCAAGGUCCAAGGAGAUUUGAUGGACCCCCAGGACAAGGUCCAAUGAGGUUUGAUGGGCCAGUGGGUCAGCAAGGUUCAGUGAGAUUUGAUGGGCCUUCAGGGCAGCCAGGUUCAAUGAGGUUUGAUGGCCCUCCCAUGCAGCAGGGAAUGCCAAGAUUUGAAUGUCCAACUAGCCAACCAGGUCCUAUAAGGUUCUGUGGGCCUCCAGGCCAUCAAGGUCCACUAAGACCACCAGGCCCACAAGGUCUUCAAAGAUUCGAUGGACCCCAGGGACAGGGUCCACCAAGGGUUGAUGAACAUUCAACGCUCUGUUUUGAUAAUCAACAACCACCUUCAAGCUUCAAUAUGCCUAAUCUGAGAUUCAGUGAACCUUCUCAUGCAUACAGUGGAGCACCUCAACCGUUUCAAGGGCAACAAAACAUGUCUCAAGUGUCCAAUUUUAAUGGGCCACCAGGGGCUGGAGGAUCCAAUUUUUCUAAUCCUUUUUGCAGACCAGUUGCUCCAUUCUUUAAUCCAGGUCCUCCCAUGCCCUCAAUUGGAAACAUGAAUACAGUUACAGCCUCUGUGCCAAUGGGGAAUAUUAUUCCACAGCAGCCUCAUGCUCCAUUUGGUCAAGGACAGCCAUUUAUGGCAUCUCUGAACCCUGUGCCUUUCGGUCAACCAGCUCCUGAGAGUCAUUUUGGACAAGUGGAUGUCAAUGACCUGUUAUCAAAACUGCUUUCUACUGGAAUAAUAAAACCCACACAGACUGAAACACCUCCAAAUGACUCUAAUGUACCUUCUCAGACACAGUCUGUGGUUGAGGAAGAGGAUGAUGAGGAACAAGAUGAAGAUCAAAAUAUCCCAGACCUCACCGGCUUUGUAAUUGAAGACAUGAAACAGCGAUAUGACAGUGUUAUUAAUAGACUGUACACUGGAAUUCAGUGUUAUUCGUGUGGGAUGCGGUUCACAACUUCACAAACCGACAUAUAUGCAGACCACUUGGACUGGCAUUAUCGACAGAACCGAUCAGAAAAAGAUAUCAGCAAGAAAGUUACACACAGAAGAUGGUACUACAGCUUGACAGACUGGAUAGAAUUUGAGGAAAUAGCUGAGCUGGAAGAGCGUGCAAAGAGUCAGUUCUUUGAGAAAGUUCACGAGGAAGUUGUACAGAAAACCCAGGAAGCUGCUAAAGAAAAGGAAUUCCAAAGUGUAAAGGCAGCAGCAGAUGUUGUCGAUGAGACUUGUGAAAUUUGCCAGGAACAGUUUGAGAUGUACUGGGAAGAAGAUGAGGAAGAAUGGCACCUUAGAGAUGCCAUUCGUGUGGAUGAAAAAACAUAUCACCCCUCCUGCUACGAAGAUUACAAAAAUACAUCGUCAUUUGUGGACUGCACUCCAUCACCUAGUACAGCGCCGCUGGAAAAUCCUUUAAAUAUUUCAAUCAAGCAAGAACAAGAACAGUCCACGUGUUCCAGUGUUAAACAAGAAACAAGCGAUGCCUCCAGCAGCUGCAAAGAAGAAACCGUUUCAGAGGAAACAAAAGUAAAAGUGGAGGCUGAAACACAAGAAGCCAGUGAAAAUACUUAGAAUGCUGCUAUUUCCUUUUAUGAUCUGCUGCAAGCAAGGAUGCAUAUUACUGUAUUUUCAUUAUGUAAAAUAAUAUUUUUAUAAAAAGUCCUGAGGCAGGGUCCUCAGCUAUACAUAUGUUAAAUACAUUUUUGUAUUUGAAUUUUGAAUUGCCUGCACAAUUCAGGUGUCUUUGCUGUGUGAAACGCUCUGAAAAUGUACAUUGAAGAAAAAAAUCUGUAUGUAUGAAAUUUAAUUUAUAAAUAAAGCUAUUUUUGCUAUA